UCUUCAGGACAGCAGUUUUCAGGAGCUCCACACAAGAGCAACAGGCUGCAGUCAUGAGGGUGGGAGCUGCAGCCCUGGUUGGGGGGGUGUUCGGGGUCGUGGGGACCCUCUGUUUCUUCCUGGCCUUUGGGACAGACUACUGGCUGGUCGCCAGUGACAACUGUGGAUCUUACGCCACUCCAACGCCACCGACUGUGGACAAAGAUGCAAAUAAGACAGAGAUGGCGUCUGAAGAAGCCGUCACCGCGUCUCCGUCUUCCCUCACUCUGCACCACGAGGGGUUUUUCUGGCGCUGUGUGUUUCAGAUGGAGCCCUCAGCACACGCCGUUCUGACCACUCUCAUGAUAAAUCAGCCCACAUCCAAGUUGUGCGUCCAUGGUUACCUCUUCCCCUUACCUGUGGCUCUGGGACAGGUUCCCCAUCCAAAUUAUGACACGGCUGCAGUGUUUCGUGGUUUCUGGACCGUGUUGGUAAUCCUGGGGCUGGCUUCGGCCCUGGCUGGAGGUUUCCUUCUGGUGUGUGGCGUUCCUUUCAUCAGCCACAAACUCUACAAGCUGGGCGGAGCCUUCCUCAUCACUGCUGCCUGUUUGUUCCUCGCCACGCUGCUGCUGUACGUCCUGUGGAUGGAGGCGGUGGACGUGGCCCGCUACAUCCUGCAGGAGAGGGGAGAGUCGUGCCCACAGGCCGAGGUGUCGGUGCUCUACGGUCUGUCCUUCAUGGUGGCAGCAGCCGGCGUUCCUCUGGAGCUCGUCUCCGGUUUGGUGUUCAUGCUGGUGGGCCGGGCGCUGAGUGGCAGCAGAUGAGCCGGAGGAGAGGCAAGACCAAGCUUUUUAUAUCCUGCACCGGGACUCGCCAUGCACUUCUUACAGGAAGUCAUCCAGGACAAACAUUUUGCAUUUAAUUUAUAAUUGUGGGAUUGAAAUGGACUAAAAGAAAUUAAUUUCUCAAAAAAUAAAGAAAUAGAAUCAU